AUGCACUCUCUGUCACAGGUGUACCGCUGGGCUGAGCACUCAACCACGGUGCUGCAGCGGCUGAACGAGCAACGUCUCCGCGGCCUCUUCUGUGACAUCGUCCUGGUGGCCGACGAGCAGCGGGUGCCAGCUCACCGCAACCUGCUGGCCGUGUGCAGCGACUACUUCAACUCCAUGUUCACCAUUGGCAUGCGAGAGGCUUUCCAGAAGGAGGUGGAGCUGAUUGGCGCCUCCUACAUCGGGCUCAAGGCUGUGGUGGACUUCUUGUACGGUGGGGAGCUGGUGCUGGACGGCGGCAACAUCGACUACAUCCUGGAGACGGCCCACCUGCUGCAGAUCUGGACGGCGGUGGACUUCUGCUGCGAGUACCUGGAGCAGGAGGUGAGUGAGGACAACUACCUGUACCUGCAGGAGCUGGCCUCCAUCUACAGCCUCAAGCGGCUCGACGCCUUCAUCGACAGCUUCAUCCUGAGCCGCUUCGGCACACUGUCCUUCACGCCCGACUUCCUGCAGAACGUCUCCAUGCAGAAGCUGUGCCUCUACCUGGGCAGCAGCGAGGUGCAGCGCGAAUGCGAGCACGACCUGCUGCAGGCUGCCCUGCAGUGGCUGACGCAGCAGCCCGAGCGCGAGGCCCAUGCCUACCAGGUGCUGGAGAACAUCCACUUUCCGCUCAUCCCCAAGAACGACCUGCUGCACCGCGUCAAGCCGGCUGUGUGCGCGCUGCUGCCCAAGGAGGCCAACUGUGAGGGCUUCAUCGAGGAGGCCGUGCGCUACCACAACAGCCUGGCGGCCCAGCCCGUCAUGCAGACCAAGCGCACGGCGCUCCGCACCAACGAGGAGCGCUUGCUAUUUGUGGGCGGCGAGGUCUCCGAGCGGUGUCUGGAGCUCAGUGAUGACACCUGCUACCUGGACGCCAAGAGCGAGCAGUGGGUCAAGGAGACGCCCCUGCCGGCCCGGCGGAGCCACCACUGCGUUGCUGUGCUGGGUGGUUUCAUCUUCAUCGCCGGUGGCAGCUUCUCACGGGACAACGGAGGGGAUGCGGCCUCCAAUCUUCUUUAUAGGUAUGACCCCCGCUGUAAACAGUGGAUCAAGGUGGCCUCCAUGAACCAGCGCCGCGUGGACUUCUACCUCGCCUCCAUCGAUGACAUGCUGGUGGCCGUUGGCGGCCGGAAUGAGAAUGGAGCCCUCUCCUCAGUAGAGACGUACAGUCCCAAGACCGACUCCUGGUCCUACGUGGCCGGCUUGCCAAGGUUCACAUAUGGCCACGCGGGCACCAUCUACAAAGACUUCGUGUACAUCUCGGGGGGCCACGACUACCAGAUCGGCCCUUACCGCAAGAACCUGCUGUGCUAUGACCACCGGACGGACGUGUGGGAGGAGCGGCGGCCCAUGACCACGGCGCGCGGCUGGCACAGCAUGUGCAGCCUGGGCGAGAGCAUCUACUCCAUCGGGGGCAGCGACGACACCAUCGAGUCCAUGGAGCGCUUCGACGUGCUGGGCGUGGAGGCCUACAGCCCGCAGUGCAACCAGUGGACCCGCGUGGCGCCACUGCUGCAGGCCAACAGCGAGUCGGGCGUGGCCGUGUGGGAGGGCCGCAUCUACAUCCUGGGUGGCUACAGCUGGGAGAACACCGCCUUCUCCAAGACGGUGCAGGUGUAUGACCGCGAGACCAACAAGUGGACCAAAGGCACUGACCUGCCCAAGGCCAUUGCCGGCGUGUCCGCCUGCGUCUGCGCCCUGAAGCCGCGCCUGGAGGACAAGAAGAAGAAGGGCAAGGGCAAGCGGCACCAGGACCGGGGCCAGUGACCUGCCCACGCCUUCCAGGGACCAUGUCCCAGAGUGUCUGUAGACCAGCAGCAACUUCUUAGAAUCCCGGAAACAUUAUGUACUACUUAGCAGCUUUUUUUACUUUUAUGAUUCUCGGUAUUUCUAUGAUAUCACAGUAACCGAUUAAAUAUUAUAUAUAACUUUA